AUGAAAAUCUUAAUUUUCAUUCUAAUUUUCCUAAUACCCUCAAUUUUUUCUGAUAAAAAAUACACUUCCACAAUUCACCUCACAAAUAAAACCGAAAGUUCACCAUUAUUUGGAGAAGAAACAUUUGCCGCCAAUGGAAAACCAAUCUCAAGAUAUCUUGGAAUCCCAUUUGCUGAACCACCAAUCGGAAAUUUACGAUUCAAAGCUCCCGAGAAGAAAAAAAAGCAUGGUUGAAUGAGUUAAACGCGACAAUUCUGCCAAAUAGUUGUCAUCAAAAUCUCGACACAUAUUUCGGAGAUUUCCACGGAUCAACAAUGUGGAAUGCAAAUACACCAAUGUCUGAAGAUUGUUUAUAUUUAAAUAUUUGGACACCUAAAAAUCAAAAAAAGGAAUUGUUACCAGUGAUGGUUUGGAUUUAUGGAGGUGGAUUCUAUUCAGGAACAUCUACUCUAGAUGUUUAUGAUGGUGGAAUUCUAGCGAGCACUGAAAAUGUGAUUGUUGUUUCGAUGAAUUAUCGAACUUCAAUGUUCGGCUUUUUAUAUUUGAAUACUUCUGAUGCACCGGGAAAUAUGGGAUUGUGGGACCAGGAAAUUGCUCUAAAGUGGAUACAAGACUAUAUUCAUCAUUUUGGGGGUGAUAAGGAUAAGGUGACAUUGUUUGGUGAAAGUUCAGGCGCGGUUUCGGUAUCGAUUCAUAUGUUGAAUUUGUAUAGCAAGAAUUUGUUUAGUGUGAGUUUGAGUUUGAGUUUGCCACGUCAUAGCUCUCAUGGAUGUUUUUUUUUUCAGAAAGCAAUUCUGCAAUCCGGAUCUGCAACAUCACCCUGGGCAUUUGAGACAACAGAAACCGCUUUGAAUCGCGCACACAAACUCUAUAACCUGGUUGGCUGUGGAAAUUCUACAGCUCUAGAUGUUAAUGCAAGAGAGAUCGCAAAAUGUUUGAGAAAUACAAGUGUGGAGGAUUUACUGUGAGUUUUAACCACAGUGAAUUUUUUUUAUUGAAUACAGCACAUAAUUUUCUUUUUUACAUUAUGGAACAAGAACAUCAUUUUGAAUUUUGAACUUUUUAAUUCUAAUAUUUUUUGAAACAUACCACGUCCAGGGUGAGGCAUUUGCACGGCUCCAAUAAAAAUUUACCGAAAUUCACCUCGCCAAUUUGAGAUUUUCUUGAAAAACAGCAAAUUUUUGCUUGUUUUUCCGUUAAAAAGUGGUUUUUCAGUCGAAAAGGUUGUUUUCACCUCGCCAAAAAAUUUCAAAACCCACACCGCCAAUUUUUAAAGUUAAUUUGCAUGAAGCUGGGCGUGGUAUGGUUUUAACAUAGAACAUUUCCCUAAAAUCUUUUGGAAAUUUUUCCAGAGCAAAUGAGUGGGUUUCGGAUGGUUCGUUUGUCGAUUUUCCUUGGACUCCGGUUAUCGAUCGAAUGAUUGUUCCGGAAAUCGCAGAUGAUUCGUUCAAACGAGGAAUCUACAAGGAUAUUCCGUUGCUUGUGGGCGGCAAUCAGGAUGAGAGUAUUUAUUUUAUUAUUUAUCAGUUGGGGGUGAGUUGUUAGAGAAAUAGGGGAGGUUAGAGAACACGAGGAACCCACGCGCUCCACCGAAAUAAACACGCAACGCAGACCGCGUCGCGCCACAACACACACGAAAAAGGGAGGGAAUUUGAAUCGUUCGUGUGUGUUGUGGCGCGACGCGGUCUGCGUUGCGUGUUUAUUUCGGUGGAGCGCGUGGUACCGAUGAGAUUUUCGAUAAUAUAGGUGGUUAGAGAAAGCUAGAGAUUCAACAGAGACGGGUAGAGAACAUGAGACAGUUAGACACCCAGAGGGAAACUGCAAUUUUCAGCACAUUUUCCACAAGAAUAAAUUCUUCAACGCCUCCGAUUUCAUCUCAAAUCGAACCAUUUGGCUAGACGCUGUGAAUUCCCUUCUACCAUCUCAUAUUUCUUCCAACGAAGCUCCAAAGAACGCAGUUAUCGCACAUUAUGAGCCAAAAAGUGCACAUCCAACACCUCAAGAAUAUCUAGUAGCUCUCGACAAAAUGAUGGGUGAUUAUCAUUUCACAUGCAGUGUAAAUGAGAUGGUCAUCUCGCAUACCAAAUUGCGUGGUCCCGAAAAAACCAAUCAAACUUGGUACUAUCAUUUUUCGCAUCGCGCAAGCACACAAACUUGGCCGGAAUGGAUGGGAGUUUUGCACGGAUAUGAGAUUAAUUUUAUUUUUGGCGAACCUUUGAAUCCCAAGUUCAAUUACACUGAAGAAGAGAAACAUUUGAGCAGAAGAUUUAUGAGGAAUUUUGCGAAUUUCGCCAAAUCUGGAGAUCCGAAUUGGCCGGAGAAAUUGGAAGGUUAUUGGCCGAAAUGGCCGAGAUUUGGUGAGAUGAAAAAAUAUAUGAAUAUGACUACGAAAAAUGGAGAGUCACCGAUUGGGAAAAUGUUGAAAGAUGAAGAGUGUCAGAGAUGGAAGGAGGGUUGGAUAUAA